AUGGCGAAGAACACUAAGGAAUGUUUUAAAUUUGACCGAACUGAUCGAUUACGCAGAACUAUAUUCCUCGAAGACUCUUCUGAAGACGAAUUGUUUGAAUUCAAUGACAAAACAAAAAUAAAGGAUAAUUGGAAUAAACCACCUACCAGUUUAAUAAAACCAAAACCAAAAACCAACACUGGAGGCCAUGCUGAUUCCUUACCUACAUCUAUAAAAUCAGUAAAAAUUAUUAGAAAAAGAAAACCAUUAGCUGAUCGUUUGACCACAGUUAAAGCGUCUAACAUGAAAUCGAAAGAAGUGGAACCAAAUAUUACUAAAGUCGAAAAUAAACAAUUGGUCAAUAAAGCGACAACAAACAUCAAAAGACAAUUAUAA